UGACAAUAAUUUUGUUUAUUGUGCCGAAAAUAAAGCAAAGUUAAUGAAAACAUGAGAUUAACUCAAAUCUGAUCAAUCAUUUGCAGUGAUAGAAAAUUGUGAUAAAGUGCCCGGUUCAUCCCGUCGUGUAACCGCCAGACAAACUCAUUUUUUUCGUUGUUUUAUUCGGGACCAGUUAAUUGACCCUCGUUGUUGUUUAUUGUCGUUUUUUGCGCUCUUUUUCGACUUGCACCAUGUUCUAGUGUGAUAUCCAGCCGAAUUCUGCAACAAAAUCACAUCGUGUUCGCCGACAUCCAUCAGGGGGCCUUAAAGCGUUGGAUGGGGCUAGUUGUGCCCCAAUUUUCUUGCACUGGCUCCUACUUCAACCACCACCAUUACCCCGCUAAAUCAAGAAGGGGUCCUGGACAUGACUGCCACGGAGAACACAAUCCGUUUCAGUGUCCACACCCUGGACAAAGCCACCAAAGCUAAAGUAACCCUAGAAAAUUAUUACUCAAAUCUUAUAGCUCAACACGUGGAGCGGAAACAAAGGUUAGCGAAACUUGAAGAAUCCCUGAAAGACGACAGCCUCUCCGAAGAGCAGAAACAUGAGAAACGCCUCCAGCACGCCCAAAAGGAGACGGAGUUCCUCCGCCUCAAGCGGUCCCGCCUUGGCGUCGAAGACUUCGAGCCUUUGAAAGUGAUAGGCAGAGGAGCUUUCGGCGAAGUCCGUCUAGUCCAGAAGAAAGAUACCGGUCACGUGUACGCUAUGAAGAUCCUGCGGAAAGCCGAUAUGCUGGAGAAGGAGCAGGUGGCGCACGUGCGCGCUGAACGCGACAUCCUCGUAGAAGCCGACCACCAGUGGGUGGUCAAAAUGUAUUAUAGUUUUCAAGACCCCAUUAAUCUUUAUUUGAUUAUGGAGUUUUUACCUGGAGGUGAUAUGAUGACGUUGUUGAUGAAGAAGGACACGUUGUCGGAGGAAUUUACGCAAUUUUAUAUCGCCGAAACGGCGCUGGCGAUAGAUUCGAUACAUAAGUUAGGAUUUAUACACAGGGAUAUCAAACCGGACAAUUUAUUAUUGGACGCGAAGGGACAUUUGAAGCUGAGCGACUUUGGAUUGUGUACGGGUUUGAAGAAGUCACACAGGACGGAUUUUUAUCGGGAUCUGAGCCAAGCGAAGCCGUCGGACUUUAUAAUCACGUCUAGUCCGAUGGACAGUAAACGGCGAGCAGAAAGUUGGAAGAAAAACCGAAGAGCUUUAGCGUAUAGUACGGUAGGCACCCCCGACUACAUCGCCCCCGAAGUGUUCCUCCAAACUGGUUACGGGCCGGCGUGUGAUUGGUGGUCGCUAGGCGUCAUCAUGUACGAAAUGCUUAUCGGUUACCCCCCGUUUUGUUCUGAAAAUCCUCAAGACACUUAUCGUAAAGUGAUGAACUGGAGGGAAACUCUGGUAUUUCCCGCUGAAGUUCCGAUCUCUGAAGAGGCCAAAGAUACUAUUAUUAAGUUUUGCUGUGAAGCCGAAAGAAGAUUGGGUUCACAAAAGGGUAUAGAAGAUUUGAAAAUAAUUCCGUUCUUUAGGGGGGUCGACUGGGAGCAUAUACGAGAAAGGCCGGCAGCGAUACCUGUAGAAGUUAGGUCGAUAGAUGAUACGUCAAACUUUGAUGACUUUCCAGAUGUCAAGCUUGAAAUUCCUUCUGCGCCUAUGCCUCAGGACGGAGAAGUUAAUUACAAAGACUGGGUAUUCAUCAAUUACACGUUCAAGAGGUUCGAAGGUCUCACGCAAAGAGGGACUCCGACAAAGAAAUAAUGUAGCACCACUGUUUCGUCGAUGAUAGCUUAAAAUGCAGCGGCAGUUAAUCGCUAUAAACGAGCACUUAUUUUUAGGAAAUGAACCACAAUUUAAAAAAAUAAUGCGUGAAAAAUCAUACAUACCUUUCUUGAAGGAGUGCUCUCAUGAUUCUAUCGUCUUCACUGUACCUAUCUAGUAGAGUUAUUUUCUAAAAAUAAGUAAUUUUUUGUGUAUUAUAGGUCUGAAGCAGUUUUACACUGUUUGCUUUUGAGCUGUGAGAAGCUAUGUAUCUUUUGUUGUAUUUACAUUGAUAUUUUUAAUGGAGCGUUAAUUGUGAGAACUUGUAUUUGGAGUAGGUUUAUUGUAAAUAUAAUCGAUGACGAAUUGUUAGUACAAAAUGGGGUAAGGAAAAACUACUGCCAAUUAUUUGUGAUUUUGCAUUGAACAGAAGAGGGUGUUUGGAAUUUUGUAUGUAACGAUUUUGCUAUCAUUUUAAAUACAACAGAAGAUUUAUGUGUAUAUGUUAUUUUUUGUUUAUUGUUACAAAGUGAUACUUUUAUUAUUUACUUGUUUUUUUUUUUUAUUUAUAGACAAUGUAAUUCUUGACCACCAUCAAGAACUAUUUUGUAUAGCUUUGUGAGGACAUAAAUUACACUUUUUACACCCUCCCCUUGAUUCUGUCAGUGAGAUCACUUUUUUUUUAUUUUUCGCGUACAAGACAAAUGUGUAGUGAUUAGUAUACAGGUUUGUGAGGCAAUUUCUCUAAUUAGGUACCUAAUGUUUUAAUUUUUGUUAGUGUACAUUUUGUGAAAGAAACGAAAUUUUAGGAAUAUGAGAAGCACAUAAUGAACAAUUAUUUUUCUAAUAGCAACUUUUGGCAGUUUUAGAACCCUAAAAUGUAACAGUAAUAUAGAUUUUUGUGGAAGUGUAUGUGUAGUCAGUGCUAAACAUAUCGAUCAGAUACGACUGUGAAACAGUCCAGACGUGUAUGUGGAGCAGUUGGUAGAAUUGAAAGUCUAUGAAAAAAAAAGAUAAAAAUGUUGAUGUUACGCUGUUGCUCUCUAAUACGCACCUAUUACUUUCAAAUUCACAAUAGUUUGGUGCAGACGUUGGUAGAUCAUUAUUUACCCACUAAUUUUGUUAUUUAUUGCAGUUUGUAUUUUAUAAUUGGUCUCGCUAACAGGACUUGUACAUAUAUUUACUUCCAAAAAUGUGUAUAACAAAAAAAGUUUAUUAAACCUAUGUGCUUUAAA